AUGUACAAACUCGUUAUCUUCGAUUUCGACGGCACGAUCUUCGAUACCUACGAUGCUAUCGAGCACUCCGUUCUCCUGACAUUCAGCACUCUCCUCCCCGGGUUCACCGCGCCUCUUGAUCAAGUGCGUCGACUUGUUUCCACGGGCGCUCCUCCCGGAAACACGUUCCGAAGUCUUCAUCCCGACCCAAAUAUCUUUGACGAGGAUCAUUGGGUCAAGACAUAUCGCGAACUGUACGCUGCCCACGGCCAACAGCGCGCCAAACCAUUCCCCGGUGCCGAGCUGGUGCUUCGCUCUUUGCGCGCUCGCGACAUUCCCAUUGUUAUCAUCAGCAAUAAGGGCGUGGAAGCUUUGAAGUCGGCUUUGACCAAGACUGGCUUGUUGGGAUACUUUCCCGAGCCCUUCAUCUUGGGCGAUGGCAUUCCCGGGGUUACGCGGAAGCCCGAUCCUUCCAGCUUCACGGACGUGAUGUUGCCGAGGUUGAAGGAACUUUAUGGGGAGAGAGGGGGCGAGGUUCUCAUGGUCGGCGACACCCGGACUGAUAUUCAAUUCGCGCGCAAUAUCGGAGCAAAGGUUUCCUGGUGUCGAUAUGGGCAGGGUGACAGCGAAGAGUGUGGUCGCUUAAACCCCGACUUUACCAUCGAUUCGGUGAUUGAUCUGCUGGGCAUUGUGGGUGUUCCAAAGAUAGAGUGA